AUGGCCUCGGCCGUCUCCACGCCCCCGAGUGAUCCUCGACACUCGACCUCAUCGCAGCCCUCACAGUCCUCCUCCGCCACCCUGCACUCCGCCCACGACCCCCACCACCGCAACGACCAUGCCGACACGAGCACCACAACGAGCAAGAGGCGGAAGCUGCUGCAGCGCGGCGGUGUCGACGCCUCCGCCUCUGCUGCGCAACACGGCGGCGCCGAGACCGACAAUACAAGGGCGCACGGGCUGCUGGGCGCCGAAUUAGCAGAGCGCGACAGGAGUCGCCGCCGCCUGCCUAGGCGAGCUGGAGGCUUCCUCCUGGACGCCGCCCUGCCUGGCUCCAGCAGCGCGCGCCGUCGCUCUCGGGAAACCCACGCCGAGGAGAUAGAAGAGGCGGCGCGCUCGGGAAGUCGGCACAAGAGCAAGAGCCCCUCGUCUCACGACGGGUCCCACAGGGCAUUUAGCAGGGGGUCGUCCGCCCGGAGUCGCCCGCUCAGCGGCGAUACGGAUCUUGCGCUGCCGUCCGGUAACGGCCAUGCGCCCGAGGAAUUCGGGGCGCGGACUCCAGAGAAUCAUAAGGCGCAAGCUAGGCCUGGGCUGGGCAUCGAUGUGGAUGGCGCGCACGAAUAUGGGGAAAACGAGUUGUCGCCAGCAAAUGCUGGUAUCGACCCGGCACAAAUUAUCCACAUGGCUUUGAAUCUGAGUGAAAGUAGAAGGCGGAAUUUGGGACAUGGCCAGCUCAUUGCGCCCUCCAUACCUCGUAGUAGAAGAGCAACAUCUUCGGGCAUGGGCAUUCCAAACACGCCCAUGCAAGGAAGCUUCUAUGACUAUGGGAUUGGAGGGAGCCUCAAGCAGCAUCUGCAACAACAGCGCCGCGUAUCGCGCAACAUAUCCCCAGGCGGCGGUCGGUUGAGCACAUCUGCUUCCCGACAUGUCUCCAUAUCAAGCCCCAAUGCAGUCUUGGACAACAAUCUCGGACCACAACAUAACUAUACCUUCACAGCAGCAACUCUGGCCCGGGCAGAAAAAGCAAAAACUUAUGUGGAACUGGGAGCAGAGUACCGUCGAUUACUGCAACAUCUUCCGCCGCUCAAACCAGACAGUGAAGCCAGCUACACUUACAGUGCGUUCAGUUCCCCCGGCAGCCCGAACGUAGAGUUAAGAAAAACCCUUUCACGCACAGGUCCGGAUCCCCUUGGUCGACGAUACAAUCCUCUGCAGUUCAUCCGCAACAGGAAACUUCGAGCCCGCGAACGAAGGCAGCUUCAGCCCGAUGUUGUCGAUUUUGAAGACGUGGAUAGAGUGAAGGUGUGGCUUGACAAUGUGGAAAAAGCAAGAUUCCAACAAAACUAUCGACAAGAGGACAAAGUUCUUCUGCCUCCGUUCAUACCAGACCCCAUGUUCCAGGGCAGCCACGAACAGCCUCAAGAUGGCAAGAAGCCUAGCAUCCUGUUGGGAAAGCAAAAACGCCCCCGUAUGGAUUGGUUCACCUUACCAACCGAAUUUUUGGCCGAUGCAGCGUGGCUCGAGCAAGACAAUCACAAAAGUCUGAUUGAAGACAGAAAUGGCAACAGGAUUUUCCCUUCGCCACGUUCAACAAGUCUAUUCAAUCCUCGUCUGAGCAAAGAUCAGGGCAGACCUAGCAUGGACAGACGACGUGUGAGCACUGCAGGCUCGAUGGCUGGCGGCGGUCCGCUCUCGGAACCUCGAUCCAACUACUCCAGCGAAGCCGAGAGCCACAGAGGUCGUAAGAAGCGUCACUUCCUUCACACUCACCGAGAAGAUAGCCCCGAACGUGGAAAGCGACUUGGCUGGAUAUCUCGAAACCGCUCAAGCAGUUCUUCCGGCCUCUCGUCGAGCGACGAUGAUAUGAGCGAACGGCGGAAGAAGCACGAUCGCAGACUGAGCACUCAGGAUGAGAAUAUAGGUCCUCUGGAACGUCACAUGAAGACAUUGCUGGAAGAUGAUGCUCGAGCAGAGAAUGGACUGUCCCCGAUCAUGAGCUCUCCGGAGAAGCAUUGGGGUGCUAACCAAGGCAGACCAGCACCGCACCGGGUGAUGAGCGAGACUGAGAGUGAUGUUGACCCCAGGGCCGGAGCAAAGAGAGCGACUAAGCGCCUGACCCUGAUGUCGAGCAAUCCUACCGAAUCGCGUCCUUCUAUGGACGGCCUGGAUUCUUCAGUCCCCAAUACCCCCCUCUCGAAGACCUUCAGCUUCGGUGCAUCCUCGCCAGGAAGUCGCGUAGCCUCUCCGGAUCGUACCAAGUCGAAGAGAUCGAAAUUGCCAUUCUUCCGUUCCGAAGGGAGUGCAAAGGCUCACAAGGUGGAGGCUCUGGACUUUGCCCCUGACCCACUCAGCAACAAGCAGCCCAGUGGAGAAUCUAUUGAUCCCAGUCGCCUGAGCAUCGAUCUGCCUCGUCGUUCAAACUCGUUGUCCAGGCCUGCUUUGCUGAAAAGGCACAAGACGACUGAUAGCUUGAGUAGCCUCGCGUCCAUCCAAGAGGGCAAGGUAAGCAGAGGUCGCAAAGAAGGGAAGGAGCCAAGUUCGGCCGUUAGCAGGUUCUUCAAGGAUGUGGGACGAGAAGGAUCAAAAGCGAGGAAGUUUAUCUUCAAGAAGGACAAGCCACCGGAAGAGGCAGAUGAGGACUCGUCCUCUGAUGGCGAGAUGUCAUCUACGUCAGACACGGACGACGAUAUGUCCAAGAGCGUCGUGAAGCGUCGGCCUAAACCUAUCUCACGGACCGGGACAGAUACAGGGCUCUCGGAUGCGUCUGAUGUGUCGGACCGGCGACAAGGCUAUGCGCUACCAACCUUCAAGUCUGCGGCCUCACAGGAUCAGAAGCGUGAUCCAUCCACUGCCCCAUCAGAAACUCGACGUGGACGUACUCGACCGUCGCGCUUUGAUCGUCUGGCCCCGCCACGUCUCGACACCAAUGUUAGCCGGUCAUCAUCUCCCGGCGCCCUCCAAGUCCAGCACGUGAGCAAUGGUGUUCGAGCUCGUUCCGAAGGUCCUGUCUCUCAUUCCCAUUCGCGCUCCCCAUCCGCCGUCCGUCGCCGCAUGACCAAACUCUUGGAACUGCCAGGCGGAGCCGGACGCGCCGGGUUUCCCCCAUCCGAACUCUCUCGCCUGCCCGUUGAGCGCAAGUACAGCGACCGAUCACCCGCCCGUCCCUCACCACAGCGCCACUGGAGCAUCACCGACGAGGACACCCAACGCCGCGCGUCGGCAACCCACCAUCCCUGCGCCGCCUCCAUCAUGGCCAACAAGCGCACCGACAUCGCCCGCAUCCAAGCCCUCCUCCUCUGCUCGGGCAUCAAAGCCGCCGAGCUCGCCCGCCGCGCCCACACCGUCCCGGACACACCCCCUCCUUUCCUCCUCCGCGUCGCCGAAAUCGCAGCAGAAACCGACGACGACGCCGACGCAGAUCCCUCCAACAUCGAAGAAAUCCGCAAACACACGGCCCUCAUCCCCACCGUCGCCCGGAAAGAACAGCACGUCCUCGCCGCGCGCAUCCUCGCUUCCGACCUCGAGGCCGGCGCGGCCGCGCUGGCCCGCGCCAUGGACCGCUUCCGCGCGGAACAGGUCCGCGAGCUGCACCUGCGCUGCGAGCGCCUGCGCAUCGAGCUCGGCGACCGCCUCACGCCGCGCUGCCACGCGUGCGCGGACGAUGCGGACGCGUUUACGCGCGAGGUCACGAGCGGCGCGACGUUGGCGGUGAAAGCGGUGGCGGAUCGCGUCGAUGCGAUGAUGAGGGCGCGGAGGAGGAGGAUGAGGUCAUUCCUGAUCCAAGUCCCCAUGAUGGCCAUCGCCUCGGCUCUUGCCUGGUUCAUCAUACUCGCAAACAUCCCUGAAUCCUCCACAAACUCCGACCAACCCACGAAAGACAAACUCUCCCGCAUCGACGUCGCCGGCUCAGCCGCCCUCAUCUCCACCACCCUCCUCCUGCUCCUGCCCCUCGAGCUCGGCGGCAAACAAGUGCCCUGGUCCCACCCGCUCAUCUACCUCCUCCUCACCGCCGACGUCAUCAGCGGCUUCCUCUUCGCCAAAGCCGAGGCCCGCGCGAAGGAGCCGGUCCUCCCGCUCCCCCUCUUCCACAAGCCCGACUUCGUCCUCAGCUCCGUCGUCACGGUCGUGCAGAUGGCCGCCCAGUCCAGCAUGAUGGUCACGGUGCCGCUGUACUUCCAGAUCACUGGCAGUGGCGGCGCUGCCACAGCCACGGCGACUGAGGCUGGCGCGCAUCUGGUUCCUGCUGUGCUGGGGAAUACUGUCAGUCAGCUAUUGAGUGGUGCCUUGAUUAAGCGGCACGGCAAUUAUAAGGCUAUUAUUACCCUCGGCACCACGUGCACGUCUGUCGGAUAUCUCUUGAUGCUGAUGCGCUGGAACGGGUCAACGGGGUUUUGGGAAAGCCUAUAUAUCGUGCCUGGUGAAUUCGGGACCGGUGCUGCCAGUUCCGCGCUGUUCAUCGCUCUUAGCGCUUCCUUGCUGCAACCGCUCAGAGCGAUUGGCAGCUCUAGUAUUAUCCUUUCGUCCUCUAUCGGCUCAGUCAUCGGCAUUUCGCUAAGCCCUGCGAUGCUCCAGGCUACACUGCGGUACGGCUUGCGGACGACAACGGAGAUUGACGUCGGGAACCGGGACAAGUUCAUCCGCAGAUGCCUCGAGACCAUUGAAUUUGUUCAGAAGCUCGAUGUCAGACUGAAGGGUGUUGUGGUUGCCCUCUUUUAA